GUGGGUGUGUGUGGCAGUGGUGCGCGGCGCACCAUAACACAGCCUCGCUCAGCACCAGCAGCCGGACCCGACGUGGCCACCAUCACUAUACCUCCCUUCUAGAAUUUUAAAAUAUACAAAGAUGGCAGAGGGAAUGCUAUCGUUAUCAUGGAACAAUCACAGAGCAACAUUUUGUCACAUACUCUCAACACUCAGGGAAAAGGAGAGAUAUACAGAUGUGACUGUAGCAUGUGAUGGAAAAUUUUAUCAAGUACACAAGUUGGUAUUAUCAACGUGUAGUGAAUACUUUGAGAAAAUCUUUGAAAACACCCCGUGUAAACACCCAGUUAUUGUGUUGAAAGAUGUACAGACUGAUGAACUAGAAGCUCUCUUAAGCUACAUGUAUGAAGGAGCUGUGAGUGUAGCACAGAAUGAUCUAGCACGUUUAAUUAAAGCAGCAGAAGUGUUGAGAAUAAAAGGACUAGCCGUUCCUGAUGAACCUCCCUUGUCAGAAUCUUGUAGUAAAAGGGUGACCCAAUCCCGAAAUGCCUCAGAUGACAGAAGUAGUCCACAUCCAAAACGGCGAAGACGAGAAGAGAGCAACACGUCUUUGCAAGGAGCACAAACUUCUACUUCACCACCAGCCUCACCUAGAGUAUCUUCAUUUGAGAGUGAAGGUGAAACCCACCAUUCAACUUCAAGAACACAAUCUGACAGUCGUUGGAUGGAUCAGAGGUCUUCAGAAAGAGAGGAUCAAAGCACAGACCACCCACUGGAUGACAGACUGGGUGACCAUACAGCUACCAGCCGCUCCUCACCAACUCCCCCUCAGGUUGAGGUCAUGGUAGAUGAAACUCUAGUCAAAGAGGAAAUGGUUGAUCAUGUAGACAACAGUCAAGAUGAUAUUGUGGACUCAGGGAUGGACUAUGGGUCUAUGGGAAGUGACUCUAGAUUAGAUGGUUCAGGUGGUGGUGAAGAAGAUCCCUCAAGUCAAAUGUUACCUAACAAAUUUGAACCAAAAAUCAAUCCAUCACAAGGACAAGCACAGCAAUUACCAGAUGCUGUUGUAGAAGCAUUAGCAGGACCCUCAGGGAUGCAAGGGUGGUUAAGCGGGUGUGAGAUGCCUACUGGUUUCUCAGGAUUGGAAGGAUACAGUGGGGGGGAUGGUAGCCAGGAUGUCCACCCUCCCCCUCAAGGUCAACCUGUAUCACAGUCUCAAGCACACCAGCUGGUGUUCUCUGGCAGUAGAAGAGUAGCAGGAGCAAGGGAGGGCUUCACCGCCACUGUCAAGAUGCAUCAUUGCCCCUACUGUGCCUACUCCACUAAGAAGAAAACACACAUGACCAGUCACAUCCGCGUUCACACAAAAGAGAAGCCAUUUCCUUGCCCUCAUUGUUGUCUCCGAUUUACUCAGAAAGGAAACCUGCGCACUCAUAUCAAUACUCACAUACGAAAAAAUCUAUUUUCCUAAACCUCUUAUAAUUUUUAACUAACAGUUUCAGUAAUCUAGGAUUAAUUUUUUGACAAUUUGUUAAGUUGUCUUUCUUCAUUUUGAUUUGUACACCAAAUUCAGUAUCACUUGUCAUAUAUUUUUUGAGUAAAGUAAAAGGCUUUCUUGUUUGCUAAACACUCAGUUGAGUUAGAAUCCCGUUGUGAUAAACAUUUCCAAUAAUAUUUUUUGCAAUAAUGGAGCAGUUUAUUAGGUUUGAUUUUUUUUCAGUAGGAUGAAAUGAACCUGAAGUUGAAAAAUUCCGAUAGUUAAUCUUACUAUUUUUGUAUAGUACAUUUAUUCAUUGUUCUUCAAUGUCCUGAUGUUGGGUCACCAUUAUGUAGUCGUGAGGUUUGAGUGAUUAGUGCCUAGGGAUAGGGAGCCUCUUCUCUGGGAGGGGAUGCCACUCUUCCCACAGGGUGCUUGCAUGACUAAGAACCCAGCAUCUCAGCAUAAAUGGCAGGGGUAUUUCACUUUUCAUUUAAAUUUGCUGACACUUGGAACUAAUAACCCUUGACAAAUUAUGCAUAUAAAAUGUCGAAUGUGAAAAAGAAUCAGCUUUGACUAGUUUUUCUCUGUGAUUAUGAUUGAUUUAAUGUGAAAAAAAAUUUGGCACUCCAUUAGCAACUUAUAACGAUGUAAAUUUGAUAGCGUAAGAAACCAUUUAAUUUUGUGUUGACCUUCAAAGUUGCAGGGUGUACUGUGGUUUUGUUGAUCAGUUUAACCUUUGUAUAAUUUUUUAUUUUUAAAAGGCAUAGUUUUUGUUUAUUGGUUCUACUGAGGGCAGUACAGCCUCUCCUCACUUAGCAACAUACUCGUUUACCAAUGCCUCAGACUUACGACGGGCUCUCUGACCAAUGUUCAUAUCUGAAUACAUAAUGUAUAUUAGAGCUGAUUUCCUCUCUUCUGUGAAAAAUAUACCAGAAAUGUUACAAAUGGUGCAAAGGUGACAUUAAAACAAUCAAAGAUGGUUUUCACAAACUCACUACCAUUAUAUAUAGUAUGCUCCUCACUUAGCGCGACGAAUUCGUUUAACGAUGUGUUCUCAGGAACAGAACUCCAUCGUUAAGUGAGGAGAGACUGUAUAGGAUUUUUAAAGAUAUUUUUUGUGUUAUCACUCACUACUUUUCUCUAAUAGGCAAACAAAUUCAUAAUUUAUCGGUGAGUUGCAUUGACCCUAACUUGAAAGAUAUUGCGGAUGUAUUAUGCACUGUUUACAGUAAGGUAUAUGUAAAGUAUAUUCUGUUGUUGUUCCACUUUUUUAUUUGUUGGUCAGUACAGCAAGGCAAAACAAAGUUGUGGUUAAUAGGACCUUAAAACACACUGUAAUCGGAAGAAAAAUCUCGCUUGCUGAUAGUCUGGAACCCCUAUAACUGUGAGUACAACAUGAAUAACAGUAGCAGAUCAGUACAUUGUUAGAAAGUAUAGAUAAGUUGCAGUAGGAUUCCAUGUCCUUGAGAGGGUGCUUAACCCUUUCAGUGUCGAGAGGCCCUCUCCUAAACUCGUUCUCAGAGUCAAAACUUUUCGGGCGAAAAAAAAAAAAUUAUUUUUUCUUUUGAAAUGAUAGAGAAUCUUUUCCCAAUCAUAAUGACACCAAAAGUAUGAAAUUUGAUGGAAAACUUACAGAAUUAUGUUCUCGCGAAGUUAGCGGUCUCAAAGAUAUUUACGCAUCAGCGAUUUCACCCAUUUUGAGCCCAAUUUUCGGCCAAUUCCUGUGUACUAGUCGGCAAAAAUCAUAUCUAUUUUGCUAGAACUCCAUUUUGUCUAUCGAAUGAGUACAAGAAACCACCCAUUUAGCAAUUUCAACUACCCAAUAAAGUGGUCAGAAAUUGGCAAUUUUGCCAAUUUCACAUUUUCAGAAGAUGCCAAUUUCCAAAUAGGGUCCAGAAUAAACAAGAAAGACAUUCCUGGCACUAAAAUAACAUUUUCUCUGUUCAUUAGUCACGUCCCCAGGCCUCUCUUACAUCUCUUUUGCUUCCCACUUUGAAUUUUUAUUCUCACAAAAAAUAGAAGAUUUACUGUUAUGCAGACUACUGCAUUAGUGUAUAAAUAAUGUCAGCACACUUGUGAAAGAAUAUUAGACUCGCCAGUUGACGUGUAUUGGACGCUUGGCAUGAUUUGUUUACUUUUGAACUUUGGUAAAAAUCGAACAUUUCUGCUAAUUUAAGCUCAAUUUCAAGGUACUUUUCAUUAUGAAACCAAUCAAAAUCAUCUCAAUUUCUGUAAUAUGUCUUCCAUUCUAUAAAAUGAGACCAGGAAAACUAAAAUACAUCCAUAAAUACCAUAUGAAAAUACACUACAAAGUUGCUGUUUUAAACCAAAAACACGGUGUUUUUUUUUUUUUCUCAUUAUGCACUGUGUGCUGCUAUACUGCGCACACUGACCACAUACACCCAUUCUUUCAUAUGUAGGCCUACCAGCUUUCUCUCACUAGAUUUGAAGGUGCUAGAAUUUAGGCGUUCUAGUAUGUCAAUAACCCUGGUGCGUAAGCUGUACGUACUAGUACGUCGGAAACCCUGAAAGGGUUAAGGGUACCUUAGAACAAAUAAAUUUUACUGUACAUAUUUGUUUAUCACUGUAUCUGAUUGAUAAAUAGGACAAAAUGCAGCAUGUUUCGAGCUGUUAGGUUUUCACAGGGUAGUGCCCCCUUUCUUGUAAUGGACAUAGAAGUGGAUGUGACAGUUUUGUGUUAGCCUUCACCACUGCAGCUUUUAUUAAUCAACUCCUAUCUUUUAUGAGUAUAUGGACUUUAUUGCAGUGCCUUUAUGUUCUCUUAAUUAGCCUUCUGUCUGAAAAUACCACCAUUAGUGUACAUACACUUGAUGACAUAGUAAUUGAAUUUACCAAUUUCACUAACUGUAACUCGCAUUUUGCUCUCGUAAUAAGCUUCCACUCUUUAAUCCCUCAAGGAAGCACCCUCAUUCCUAGUGCAGUACUGAAUAACCCACUUGGUUUUAGGAUUUUUUUUUUAAUAUAAUGUCUGUACCAAAAUUGCCUUGGUGGGGGUCAGUGGAUCCCCCCACAUUUAGAAAGAAUUAGGAAGUGUUUGUUGUGAAAAAUAAGAAUUAAAAUGACAUGAACCUCAGAAAAGUGUGAGAAAGCAAAUGCUUCCAUAUUAGAAAAUAUAAGCAGUAGGGUUGAUUACCAAAAUUUAAAGGGUUCCACACCAUUGAUGCUCUUCAGGGCACCUGUACCCUCUUGUGUAUAAUUCUUGACUUUCAUAUUUUUAAUAACUGACAAGGAAUUAUGUAGAGAUUUUUUUAAUUUCCUAUAUUAUUAUGUUUAUACUUUACGGUAUAUAGUGGUACCUCAGUAUACGAUCUUAAUUCGUUCCAGAAGGCUGUUCACAUGCUGAUACUAAAGGAAUUUGUUCCCAUUAGGAAUAAUGUAAAUUAGAUUAAUUCAUUUCAGACCCCGAAAAAAUACACUUACAAAAGCACUUACAUAAAUACACUUACAUAAUUGUUCGAGUUGGGAGCUGUUCGUAUCCCGAGGUACCACUGUACGUAUAAUCAAAGUAAGGUGUAAAUACAGCCUCUCCUCAUUUAGCGACGUACUCGCUUACCGACGACUUGGACUUAGGACAGGCUCUCUGACCAGUUGGCAUACCUAAUGUAUAUUAGAGUUGAUUUCCUCUAUUCUAUUUAUUACAAUAUACAGUAUGCUACUGUAUAAACAUUUAAAAAUAUAUCAGAAAUGUUAUAAAUGGUGCAGAAGUGACAUUAACCCUUUCAGUGUCGCGACCCUUAACCCCAUAAUUGUCCAAACGUAGAUCUGCGUUCACUCACCCAGUGCUCCGAAUAUUUUGAAUAUUUUUAAACGAAGAGGGCAUUAUUCUACAAAAUUAGGAUCAGUACUUACCAAGAUAUAAGCCCGUGAAAUUGGCGCUGGAUGCUUACCUGACGGCUAUAUGGAGUCCUGCUGCUUGCAGAAGUGUUGCCGAUGUACCUUUUUUUUUUCUCAUUUUUAUAUUAUUUCAUGUAAUUUUUAUGUUCUGAUAAUUACAAUUUAUAGUAGCUCUUGUGAUUUCAUAGCUAAUCUUUGUUCUGACACUAAUAUUAGGUACUGAAAUUGUACUCAAAUAGUCACAAACAUACUGACAGGUGAACAUUUUCACCUGCCCUGGUCAUUUACUAUUGUCUAGAAAUAUAUACAAAGUAUUUAUAGGUCCCAGCAAUGUUUUAGACAUACUGGAGUAUAUAUGAAACUCCUUGAAGCAUGGUGUUAAGAUGAGUGUCAUAAAACUGCUGACACCUGAUGAUUGUGUAUUGCUGCAGGGAACUCUUGGCUUUGUUUGUUUUCACUGUUACACAUAAACAUGUCUGUCUAUGUGUCUCUUGUCUGUCUGCCUAUGCAUCUCUUGUCUUUCUGUCUGCCUGUGUGUGUGUGUGUCUUUCUGUCUGCAUGUGUGUGUCUGUCUUUCUGUCUGCCUGAGUGUGUGUGUGUCUUUCUGUCUGCAUGUGUGUGUGUCUUCCUGUCUGCCUGUGUGUGUGUGUGUGUGUCUUCCUGUCUGCCUGUGUGUGUGUGUCUUUCUGUCUGCCUGUGUGUCUGUCUUUGUCUGCUUGUCACUCUGUCUCAGAGAGCAGCUCAUGAACCAACAGUUAUUACACACGAUACAGUCAAGUCUGAUUCCUGAUCAAGUGAACAUGCGUAUUACUUGGCAGUCAUGCUUAUUAUGCCUUAUAUCUACAAGCACAGUGUAUAGCACUGGAUUUUUUCAGUUAUCCUAGGUAAUUUACACUAUGUAUGAUAACUGUACUUAUGUGUACCUGUGGGAGAGAGAGACAGAGACAGUCAGACAGAGACAGGGAUAGACAGACAGAUAGAGAUGGAGAGACAGCCAAAGUCAUUCAGCCAGCCAGCCUGCCUGACGAAUACGUAUUACACAUGUUCCAGAAUCGUUUCUCUUUACUUAGGGCAUAGGUUGUAGGACAUUCUGGCAGGAUGACACUACCAGUGGUAUAAAAAAUGAAAGGAUGUUGAACAAAUGUUGGACAUGGGUUUUUAUCAAGGUUUUUAAUAUUUCCUCGAUCACUUGUGGCCACAUCCAUCUCAAAGCCACUCAACUUUGGAUCACCAUCACUUUCCUCUUAAUAGGGAAGUUUUAAUAUGACAUGACAUUAGUGAGUCUCUGGUGUUUGCCAUGCUAUUUGCUCUAGCUGGCGCUCAAUUGAAUUGCUCCCACAAAGUACUAAGUGGUCCCAGAUAUUUUUAAUACUGUGCACACUGAGCGUUAAGACCCAGUCUAUAGUAACCAGGCAUCUCAGGCCAGUUGUGCCAAAUUUGGAGGCAGGAAAAAUAAAACGUAGAUCUACGUUUGGAGUGAUGGCGGUACUAACGUAGAUCUAUAUCUGGACAGUUAAAGGGUUAAUCCUUAACUGUCGAAAGAUAUUCGAAAAAAAAAAAUUCUUACCAAAAUCUUAAGAAUAAUUUUCUGAGUGUUAUAAAAAAAAAACUGAGAUCAGUACUUACCGAGAUAUAGAGGUGUGAAGUUGACAAUGAACUGCUUACAGUAACAUCGCCGACUGCCGGUCUCUCGGUAAUACAGUGGACCCCCGGUUAACGAUAUUUUUUCACUCCAGAAGUACGUUCAAGUGCCAGUACUAACCGAAUUUGUUCCCAUAAGGAAUAUUGUGAAGUAGAUUAGUCCAUUUCAGACCCCCAAACAUACACAUACAAACGCACUUACAUAAAUACACUUACAUAAUUGGUUGCAUUCGGAGGUGAUCGUUAUGCGGGGGUCCACUGUAUUAUAUUUACUUUUAUCCUAAUUUUUUUCUUUUAUUUUUUAAUAUUUUUUUUCAAGUAACUUUUAUGGCCUGUGAGACCAAUAUAAGGCAUAUUGUAUAUAUAUUCACUCGUAUGCUAUACAGUAACCACACAAGCAUUGUUAUCGUUAUAUUGUUUACAAAGCAUGUUUACACAAAUCAACAAUAAAAAAUGUUGUCUGUUACUAUUUUCCUAUACACAUAUAGAGUCACUGGACAUGUUCCUUGAAGUGCUGCAGCUUGUGGAACUCUUUGAAACAUGGUUUCAUGCACUGUGGUGUUUUACACUCCUCACACAUAAAACAAGUGUCUCUGCAUUUUUGUGGGCAUUUUUUUGUGUGCACAGACAAAACACCUCUUCUGAGCAUAUUUCUUGUUAGUAGGAGGCACUUGUAUUAGGUAGUAAUCACCAGGCCUCAGACGAGAGGUGAUCAGUUUGUAGGCGGUUUUUUAUUGCAGGUGUUGUAACUUGGUACUUGAAUAAUAUUUGUCUGAUGACAGACAAACAAAAUUCACCAUAUGGUGGCUUGUUUCUGGUCCUCAUCUUAUACAUAUCACAUAUAAGCAUUGAGCAUGAAAAUGUCCAGAAGAUGGAAAAAGAGUUUCAUGUACCACUUGUAACUCUUGCAAACACAAUCAGCAAACCCAAUUUGCAUGUCACAUUUGUCCACUGAACGCUGCAGGUUUUAGAAUGGGUUCAUUUGUCUCUUUAUUCUGCCUACCACUGUCUUGUCUUGUGACAUCUCAUUUGUCAUGCCACCAAAAUGCCAUGAUGUCAUUGGCAGCAGAUGCCUGCACCUCGCCUCUACGAGUGCCUGUGUCGAACCUAGGCACAUGCUUACGAUUUGCACGCACUGUCAUGUUCACUUGCAAAAAAUCACUGAGUAAGGGGCUUGUGUACCAGUUAUCAGUACGUUUAUAAUGUAUGCCCCUUACCAAGAUAUGGUUCCAUUAUUGUUCUAACCACAUCACCAGAGAUACCCAAUAACUUCGUCAUAUCUUGCAAUGUAUUGCUUCAAGUGUACACAGUAAUAUCCAAUACAAGACCACUGUAGCAAUCACAAAGUAUAUAAUGCUUGAACAACAGUCUACCUUUGAACAAAAUCAAAGACUCAUUAAUAACAUGCUUCCUGAAGGGAUAAAAAUACUUAGAGAAUUUAUUUCAGAUACGUAAACACAUUCCUAAUCUUAUAUAACCUGCUGUUUCUGUCAGGCCUGGUUUUGUCUGAGAAGUGUAGCAUACGUAGUAGUAGCAGAAAUUGAUUCAUUGGUAUUAUAUCACUGAAAGCUGGGGUUGAAAUCAGGCGGUCUGUCGACCAGUAUGAUUUGACACUGUGCUCAUACAUACGUGGCAUAAGCAUUAUUGUGCCACAGUUGUUUCCUUCCACUGGUGUAGGUGUGAUCUUGGUGAGAUAAUUGUGUUUGCCAUAAUGUACUCGAAAUAUGUGUUACUUUCCCUAAUAAUAAUUUCAAUCGGGUUCAUCAAAGAAUAAUUUAAAACAUUCUGGUUCAGUGGCAUUGUUCCCAAGUGUACAAGAUGGCCAUAUUCCACUUUGAGUUUCAUGAAAGGGAUGGAGAUUGGGAACAAAAUUGGCACCUUGAUGCCAAUCCCAGAUGCAGUCUACUGGUGGGUACUGGAUAUUGACAGGUGGUUGUGGUUGUGAAGGUUGUGGUUGUGCAGGUUGGUGUGGUGAGUAGGUGAGUGAGAGUGGCCUUUGUUGUAGCUGUGCUGAGUCAGCGGUGUGGCUACCAGCAUGGGCCGCUGCUGGUGCCUCAUGGUGCAUGACACUGCCACCAUCUGAUGAUGCAUACACAUUAUCCAUCCCAUUUGUAACAAUAUCAUAGUCAUUUUCACUAUCUGUUCCUGUUGUACAACCAUGGGAUGUACUCCGAGAUUUACUCCUUCCCCUUGGAAUAGCAUAUGGCAAACUACCAGAAUGCAUGUAGUGUUGUAUAUACUGACACUUCACUGGAGAAUAUUCCACUUCACUCUCGCUACUGAAACUGUAUUCAAGAGCUUGGAUAUCAUAAUCACUAUCACUAUCAUCAUCAAUGCUCACAUCUGUGUCCUGGACAUGGGAAAAUAUGAGUUUCCUCUUUCAUUCUGGUACAACUGAACGUGAACAAGACAGCCCAGCACCAGAGGUUCAAGGUUGAGGGUCGUCUGGGUUUUCAUCACUGUUAUCGAUAUCUUGGGCAUUACUUUUUUGUUACAAACUCCUGGAAACCUUGAAAUUCACUUUCACUGACACUUUUAUCUGUGUUUGAACUAUCACUUGGGAACAAAAGAGUCCCAAUUCACCGGGGAGUGAGGAGUUUCUUACCGUGAGGCAUGGUAAACAAGGCGUACUGAAAUGGCGUUCCCACAAUGGAAUGCGGUUGCCCCAGUUUUUUUCAUGCUUCGCACACUGACCACGCAUUCCCAUUCUCUCACGUGUAGGCCUACCAGCUUUCUCCCACUAGAUUUAAAGGUGCUGGAAUUUUGGCGUAGUAGUAUGGGACUGACACUGGCUCUCAAGCUGUAGUACAACGGAACUGACAAUGAAAGGGUUAAAACAGCUUCUCCUAUGACCAUGUUGGUAAAUGAAUUUGUCACUAAGUGAGGAGCAUACUACAGUGGACCCCCGCAUAACGAUAUUAAUCCGUUCCUGAGAGCUCAUUGUUAUGCGAAUGAAUUUUCCCCAUAAGAAAUAAUGGAAAUCAAAUUAAUCCGUGCAAGACACCCCAAAGUAUGAAAAAAAAAAUUUUUACCACAUGAAAUAUUAAUUUUAAUACACACAAACUGAAAAAGGCAUGCACAAUUACAUGACACUUACCUUUAUUGAAGAUCUGGUGAUGAUUGAUGGGAUGGGAGGAGGAGAGAGUCUUAGUGUUUAGAAGGGGAAUCCCCUUCCAUUAAGACCUGAGGUGUCAAGUCCUUUUCUGGGGUUACUUCCCUUCUUCUUUUAAUGCCACUAGGACCAGCUUCAGAGUCACUGGACUUCUGUCGCACAACAUAUCUGUCCAUAGUGGCCUGUACCUCUCGUUCCUUUAUGACUUCCCUAAAGUGUUUCACAACAUUGUCAGUGUAAUAGUCACCAGCACUGCUUGCAAUAGCUGUGUGAGGAUGAUUUUCAUCCAUAAAGGUUUGCACUUUCAGCCACAUUGCACAGAUUUCCUUAAUCUUUGUAUUAGGCAACUUCUUCAAUUUCUCUCUCCCCUCCUCUGAACCAGUUUCCUCAGGUCUGGCCUCUUGCUGUUGAAGUUGAUCUAGCAGCUCAUCAGUGGUUAGUUCUUCAUUGUCCUCCUCCACCAACUCUUCCACAUCAUCCCCACUAACCUCCAACCCCAAGGACUUUCCCAAUGCCACAAUGGAUUCCUCAACUGGCAUACUCCUCUCAGGGUUAGCCUGAAACCCUUCAAAAUCCCUUUGGUCUACACAUUCUGGCCACAGUUUCUUACAAGCAGAGCUCAAGGUCCUCUUAGUCACUCCCUCCCAAGCCUUACCUAUAAGGUUUACACAAUUGAGGAUAUUAAAGUGCUCUCUCCAAAACUCUCUUAGAGUCAGUUGAGUUUCUGAGGUCACUACAAAGCACCUUUCAAACAGAGCUUUUGUGUACAGUUUUUUGAAGUUUGCAAUAACCUGCUGGUCCAUGGGCUGCAGGAGAGGAGUGGUAUUAGAAGGCAAAAACUUUACCUUAAUGAAGCUCAUGUCCCCAUAAAGUCGCUCUGCCACGUCUGUAGGAUGACCAGGGGCAUUGUCUAACACCAGGAGGCACUUAAGGUCUAAUUUCUUUUCAGUUAGGUAAUCUUUCACAUUGGGGGCAAAUGCAUGGUGUAACCAGUCAUAGAGAAAGUCCCUAGUGACCCAUGCUCUAGUGGCCUGGUGGUUAACGCUCUCGCUUCACACGGUGAGGGCCUGGGUUCGAUUCCCAGCCAGAGUAGAAACAUUGGACGUGUUUCUUUCCACCUGUUGUCUAUGUUCCCCAUCAGUAAAAUGGGUACCUGGGUGUUAGUCGACUGGUGUGGGUCGCAUCCUGGGACACUGACCUAAGGAGGCCUGGUCACAGACCGGGCCGCGGGGGCGUUGACCCCCCGGAACUCUCUCCAGAUAAACUCCAGAUGCCUUACUGUUUGCCCUCCACAGCACACACAAAUUAGCCUUGAGGAUAUUCUUUUGCCUGAACGCUCUGGGAGUUUCUGAGUGAUACACUAAUAAAGGCUUCACUUUGCAAUCACCACUAGCAUUGGAACACAUCAACAGAGUAAGCCUGUCUUUCAUAGGCUUAUGUCCUGGGAGUGCCUUUUCCUCCUGAGUAAUGUAGGUCCUGCUUGGCAUUUUCUUCCAAAACAGGCCUAUUUCAUCACAAUUAAACACUUGUUCAGGUUUCAGUCCUUCACUGUCUAUGUACUCUUCGAAUUCCUGCACAUAUUUUUCAGCUGCUUUGUGGUCCGAACUGGCAGCCUCACCAUGCCUUAUCACACUAUGUAUGCCACUACGCUUCUUAAAUCUCUCAAACCAACCUUUGCUGGCCUUAAAUUCACUCACAUCAUCACUAGUUGCAGGCAUUUUUUUAAUUAAAUCCUGAUGCAACUUCCUAACCUUUUCACUUAUGAUCACUUGAGAGAUGCUAUCUCCUGCUAUCUGUUUUUCAUUUAUCCAUACCAAUAAGAGUCUCUCAACAUCUUCCAUCACUUGCGAUCUCUGUUUCAAAAACACAGUUGAACCUUUGGCAAGAACAGCUUCCUUGAUUGCUGUUUUGUUGCCCACAAUAGUAGCGAUGGUUGAUUGGGGUUUAUUAUACAACCUGGCCAGCUCGGAGACACGCACUCCACUUUCAUACUUGUCAAUGAUGUACUCCUUCUCCUGGGCACGGCAUAGGGUACAAUGCCUGAGCGCAUGCGGCAGCACACAUACCGACGCUUCACUGGUGAAUAUGUUUCCUCACUCUCACUACUCGAAUGAUCGUCAAGAGCAAUAAAAUCACAAUCCACGCCACUAUCAUCAUCAUUACUGAAGUCAGAGGCCUGGCCACGCGAAAAUAAUAGUUUUCUCUUGCGUUGAGGUACAACCGACCGUGACUGACGAGUGCCCACACCAAAGGUAGAAGGUUGAGGAUCGUCAGGGUUUUCUGCACUAUUUCGAUAUCCUGGUCAUUCCUUUCGGUCACUAACUGAUCAAUGCCAAAGAAGUCGUCUUAAUUUCCACUUCCAUCACUGUCAGAGCUAUCAGAUAGGAACAGGAGAGUCCCAAUUUUCCUUGGAGUGAGAGCUGCCUUGAGACGAGGCAUGGUGAACAAGGGUAACUGAGCCAGCAUUCCCACAAUGCUAUGUCGGCGCCUAGAUUUUUUUGUUUAUGGCGCACACCCACCACACAGACCCGUUCUCUCACAUGUAGGCCUAUGAGCAUUUUCACGCUAAAUUUGACAGCUCUAGAAUUUUGGCAUAGAUCUACGGUUUGGACACUCAACAUUGAAGCCGUAGAUCUACGAGACGGACCCUGAAAGGGUUAAGUAUGCAUAGUGGUCAGAGAGCCCGUCUUAAGUCCGAGUCGUCAGUAAACGAGUACAGUGGUCCCCCGCUUUUCGUAGUUCCCGGCAAUCGUAAAUUUCGCCAAUCAUAGGGGUAUUUUCGUAUAAACAUGGACUCGCUUUUCAUAGGUUGACUCGCGAGUCGUAGUUCGUCCGGGACGCGUACCCACGGCGUGAGCCAGGGCAGCAGCCAGUCUGGCAUUGUUUACCAGUGAGCGAAGGUCCCCUCACGUGCUCCAGUGAAAUAUUUCAUAAUAUUCCAUUCAUUUUAGUGCUUGCAAGUACUAAAUAAGCUACCAUGGCUACCAUGUUGCUAAAUGAGGAGAGGCUGUAAUAUCAUAGAUGGUUGACACGAACCCACUAUUAUUAUAGUAUGCUCCUCACUUAGCGACUAAUUUGUUUACCAACUUGGUCUUAGGAACGAAACUCCGUUGUUAAUUGAGGAGAAGCUCUAUUGCAUAAUUACAGAUGAAUGUUUUUUCAGGUCUAAUGCACCAAAAUAAGGCUGUGUGAGAAAAUGUUAGGUUAAUAAUAAGUCCAAUGAAAAGCAAAGGUAUAAAAUAUUGAUUAUGUAGGCAAUCUCUGCCUCGUUGUUCUACAAAGACUUUUGUCAUUUGAGCUGUGAAACCAGUUACGUACAUGAGUUUCUUUUUUUUUACUGGUUCUUUUGGCAGGUAAAAAAAAAAAAAAGACAUCUCAUGGGGGAAAGGUGUCAUUUGGGGGGAUUGUAUGAGAUCAGCAACACAGGUUUUAGUCUCUACUAAGACAUGCACUGCUGUACAAGUUAGAGGUUUUCAAGAGGGAACUCGAGAUAUCUGCAAAUGGUGCUAGAUCAAUCAGGUUGUGAGGAUUAAUGCAUUUGGUAAAGCAGUUAGUAGAAAGCUUUGUGUAUGGACAGGCUGUGAAGGCAGAAAAGUUUUUGAAAUUGAUUUUAGUAAAUCACAGAACUAUUUACUUCUGAAUUGGGCAUUGGUGUGAUGAUUUAGAUGGUUCUUGUUUCUAAAUAAUUUAUUUGGAGGAAGAAAAAUAUACUCCAUUAACCCUUUGACUGUCGCAGCCUCUAAUCCUGAAGUGUCUCCUGGUGUCACAAAAUAUUUGAAAAAAAAAAAAAAAAAAUUUUUUUUUCUUUUGGAAAGAUAGAGAAUCUUUUCCCGAUGAUAAUGACACCAAAAGUACGAAAUUUGAUGGAAAACUUACGGAAUUACGCUCUCACGAAGCUAGCAACAUUUACACAUCGGUGAUUUUGCCCACUUUGAUCCCUGUUUUUGGCGAAUUCCAUUGUUCCACUUGACCAAACUCAUAACUGUUUCCUUAGAACUCUAUUUGUUCUACUAAUUGAGUACAAGAAACCACCCAUUUACCGAUUUCAAGUACCCAGUAAAGUGGUCAGAAAUUGGCAAUUUGGCCAAUUUCAUGCAAAUUAAAAAAUGUGUCAAUUUCAAAAUAGGGUCCAGAAUGAACAAUGCAGGCAUUCCUGGCACUAAAAUAACAUUUUCUCUGUUCAUCAGUCAUGUCUGCAGGCCCCUUUUAUAAUACUCUUGCUUUCUAUUUUGAAUUUUUGUUCACAUAAAAAAUAGAAGAUUUAUUGUUAUGCAGACUACUGCAAUAUUGUAAUCAUUGUUUAAAUAACGUCAACCCAUUCAUUACUGCGUAUUAGAAUGGCUAGUUGGACAUUUAUUGGACAAUGACAUCAUUUGUUUACUCUUGAACAUCUGCAGAAAUCAAACAUUUCUGCCACUUUGAGCCCCAUUUCAAGCCUUUUCAUAGUAAAACCAAUCAAAAUCACUUCUGUUUCUAUAAUAUGUUUUCCAUUCUAUCAAAUGAGACCAAGAAAACCAGAACACAACCAUAAAUACUAUACGAAAAUACACCUCAAAGUCAGCGUUUUAAUCCGAAAACACGGUCUGAGUUUUUUCUCAUUGUGCACUGUGCUGCAGGGUUUUUUGAUACUGCACACACUGACCACACAGACCCUUUCUCUCACAUGUGGGCCCUACCAGCUUUCUCCUGCUUGAUUUGAAGCCGCUAGAAUUUUUGAGUAUAUAUACGUCAAACACAUUGGCUUGUAAGAUGUAUAUAUACGACCGAAACAGUCAAAGGGUUAAAUAACACUUGCACGAGUUUUAUCAGUCUAAAUGAUUGACAAACUCAGGUGAGUGAAGCCUCUUUAUAAAUAUCCUAUUACUACACGUGUCUUAUUUACAUACCUGUCAUUAUUUAAUACCACCUCUUAUUUAAGAGGCUAAAAUACCAGAAAUAAGGUCAGUUGUAAUAGUAUAUGAUAAAGGAACGUUUUCAAGUAGUAAGUCGAUAAAGAGAGACAUACAACAGUUGGAAACUCUUAGACAGUGUUUCACCUGUGCAGCAAACUUUAUCUGAUUGCAUUUGAUAAAAUCUGCUGUACAUGGAAAAAUAUACGUAGUCUUAAAUAGUUUCCAAUUGCUGCUUUUGUUUUUUAAGUAACUUCAAGGUCAAAUGUCUUGUUUGGAAAUGUUGAGCAUUGUAAUACGUGGUUAGUCAGAAGGAAAUACAUUUGUUAGUAUGAAAAAGGAAGCAUGAAGAUUUGUUGUAUCUUUAUUCCCAGUAGUUUUCUUUCGAUUCAUGGUAGGUUUUCAUUGAUAAUUGAUGGAAAGGUAACUUUAAUUAAAAGAGAGUGUUUUGUUAUUUGAUAUGUUUUCUUUUGAAUGGUGCAUUUGCUUAACAGUUUUGCAAAAAAUGUAUAUUUUUAUGCAAAGUACAAUUCAGCAUUUUUGUCUUUGCUCAAUAAUGCUUCUAGUGUAUAUUAAACUUAAUGUAAAUCAAUAUAAUUGGUUUAUGAAUAAUAGGUUGAUCUUUGAUAUUUUCAAAGAUUAAGUCAUUGCUCAUGUUACUCAUAUUUUAUUGUAUAAUAAUAUUACAAAAGAAUAUUUACUGUAGAUUAUUUAAAAUGGCAUCAUCUCUGUUAAACAUUGUUUCAUGCAUUUUGAGUUCCCUUCAUGAUACACUUUAACAAAAUUAACAAUAUUUCAAAGCUAGCCAUCUGUAGUCAGUUGGUCAACUUUUUGUAACACUUAUUGUAAGGCUUGUAAUUUGGACAUGUGUUGAGUAUGCAACUAUUAAAUUUCAGACUGCAUUCACUCUUCACAUCACUACAAAUGUCCAUGUGCCACUUUAAAGAUGGUUGGCAAUAUUUGUGAUAGUGCCAUAUAUUAGGAUUAUUUCCUAAUUUAUACAUUUGUAAAAAAAAAUUAUUUGAAUUGUGUUCAUAUUGAAUAAAAUUUUUAUUUAAUUUAUAA